AUGAAUGAAUUAAAAUCAGAAAGUUUUAUAUUAUUUGAAGGAGAAAAUGAGGUAAAUUACAAAAACUUCUGUUAUGAUUAUUCAGAAGAGCUUAUAAGAAAAAGAACUUUAGAUUUUCAAUCUUAUAAAAGUUUAAAUUGUAAAAGUAAAUUGGAUAAAUGGUCUUCUAAAGACAAAAUAGAAUUUAAUUAUGAUACUUUGAAACUCACACCUAAAUGCAAUCAACGAUAUGUUGAUUUAAUUAAUAUAAAAAAAAAAGAAGAAUUUAUUUUUAUUUGCUCUUUAUGGUUAUUACAAAGCGACUUAAAUCUAAUUGAAAAACAUAAUUUUAGAGACUUUUUAAACAAUAACGAUCAAGAGAAACGUUAUAAAAUUCCAAUGUUAUGGAUUCAUGAUUAUAAGACAACAUAUUCCACGUUAAUAAAUAAAUAG